GGCCGGGCGGGAGCCGCUCUGGCGGCGGGAACUGACCGGCCACGCCGUGUCUGGUUAGCGGGAACCUGGGCAGAUCGUCAGAGCAGUGUCGGAGGUACAGGAACGGCAUGGAAGCUUCUCGGGCGGUCCGUGGAGCAGCGAAAUGCUUGCAUCAGUUUUCACGGGCCUGAGGGAGGUCCCCUUAAGCUGAAAGCAAAAAUGGUGUUUAAAAUGAUGGCUAGGAUGACUGACUAACUGAACACAGUUUGUUCCUGCUGUGGAGUAAACAUAAUUGGUAACCCUCUUGCAUGGCCUGGCCUGUAACUCUGAAUGAUCUGUCAAGGCUUGAAUAACUGACAGAAUCUAAAAGAAGGAGACGCAUUCACCAAAUAUGGAAGAGGAUACCAAACCUAUCUUGGUUCCUGUGGGAGGCAAUGAAAGUAAUUAUGGAAUCAUGAAUAUACAGUUUAAUCCAGAAGACUAUAAGUGCAAAAGACCAUUUCAUGUGGAGCCUACAAACAUAGUCAGUGUGAACAAUGACGUGCAAAGAGUUACUGACAAAGCUUCAGCAAUGAAUAAGCGGAUUCAUUACUAUAGCAGGCUCACCUCCCCUGCAGACAGGGCAUUGAUUGCUCCUGAUCAUGUACUCCCAGCUCCUGAUGAAAUCUAUGUCUACAGUCCAUUAGGAACUGCUUUUAAAGUUGACACUUGCACAGAUGGCUACGGUAAAAACUCCAGUCUAGUGACAAUAUUUAUGAUAUGGAAUACAAUGAUGGGUACAUCCAUAUUAAGUAUCCCAUGGGGAAUAAAACAGGCAGGCUUCACUUCUGGAAUUAUUCUCAUUUUACUCAUGGGCAUUUUGACUCUUUAUUGCUGCUACAGAGUUGUGAAAUCACGGCAAAUAAUACCUUUAAUAGAUACCUCAAACUGGGAAUUCCCAGAUGUUUGCAAGUAUUACUUUGGAUCCUUUGGUCAGUGGUCAAGCCUCUUGUUUUCUAUGAUAUCACUUGUUGGAGCCAUGGUUGUUUAUUGGGUGCUUAUGUCCAACUUUCUGUUCAACACAGGGAAGUUUAUAUACAACUAUGUUCAUGACAUUAAUGUAACAGAUAUUGUUCCCGGCACCAAUGGAAGUAACAAAGUCAUUUGUCCAAGUGCUGCUAGCGGUCACCUGCCACAGAACAGGGGUGUGGUGUUCUCUGCUGACAACAUUACGGGUUUUACACUGUUUGAGAAGUGGUGGAACAAAUCACAAACAGUACCAUUUUACCUGAUUGCUGUUCUUCUACCCAUGCUAAAUCUGAAGUCUCCGUCCUUCUUUGCGAAGUUUAAUGUCUUAGGUACAGUUUCAGUUGUCUACCUAGUUUUUCUGGUUACAAUAAAGGCUGCUCAUCUGGGAAUACACUUAGAAUUCAACUGGUUUACAGAGAAUGAAUUUUUUGUACCAGAGUUUAGAAUUCUGUUCCCUCAGCUCACAGGGGUUCUUACACUUGCCUUCUUCAUCCACAAUUGUGUCAUCACACUUCUUCAGAAUAACAGGAAUCAAGAAAACAAUGUGAGAGAUCUCUCUAUUGCAUACUUCCUGGUGGGACUAACAUACCUGUAUGUUGGAGUGAUUAUUUUUGCAUCCUUUCCUUCUCCACCGUUAUCCAAAGAAUGUAUUGAACAGAAUUUUCUAGAUAAUUUUCCCAGUGAUGACAUCAUGUCAUUUGUUGCAAGAAUAUUCCUGCUGUUCCAGAUGAUGACUGUAUACCCACUGUUGGGCUAUCUGGCACGAGUUCAGCUGUUAAGACAGUUUUUUGGAAACGCUUACCCAAGCCUUUUCCAUGUGCUCGCCCUGAACCUUGCAAUUGUAGGAGCUGGAGUAGCAAUGGCAAGAUUUUACCCAAAUAUAGGAGGUAUCAUAAGAUACUCUGGAGCAACAUGUGGUCUGGCCUUUGUAUUCGUGUAUCCAUCCCUCAUCUACGUGAUCUCUCUGCACCGUGCUGGGCAGCUGACGUGGCCAGCAUUGAUCGCUCACAUCUUUAUAAUCCUCCUUGGACUGGCUAAUCUGAUUGCACAAUUCCUAUUGUGAAAACUCCCCCUUCUCCCUGUGGCUGUCACAAGUGGUACUGUGAUAUUUGGCAACCUUGAGCAACACUGUCAGGCAUGAGAACAGUGCUCAAUGUGAUGAUCUUGAGAAAAGCAGCACCUUUGAAACAAAUUCAAAACACAUCUUUCAAGCGCUUGACAGGAAAACCGUCUUGCUCCUCUGAAAACACAGUUUUAUGAGAAGUGAAGUGGUUC